CCGUGGAGUGCAGCAUGCUGUCAUUCAACAUUCGAGAUGCUCCAAAUGUAAAAGACGGGGAGAAACUUUAUAGGUACAAUGGGAUUCUAUACCCUGCCAUUGUAAGUCCAGCAGAGAACCUGAAAGCUCUGGAGAGUUUUCAGGCAAGGCCAGAUGAUGUCAUGUUAGUAGCCUAUCCUAAAUGUGGAUUCAACUGGAUGGUGGCUGUGCUGCGGAAAAUCAUGGCUGCUGGAGCUAUGGUGACGAAAGAGGCAUCACAGAUGCCUCCACUGAUUGAAUUCUGCAGCCCAGAAGUCCAAAAGAUAAUGGAUGCAGCUCCUUGCCCAAGGAUCCUAGGAACACACCUCCACCCCAACAACAUCCCUGCCUCUUUCACAGCAAAGAGAUCCAAGAUGCUGGUUGUGUUCCGGAACCCCAAAGACACGGCUGUGUCCUACUACCACUUCACCUGCGAAAACCCAGUGCUGCCCCAAGCCAAAUCCUGGGGCGACUUUUACUCAAAGUUCAUGACAGGGGAAGUGGCCUGGGGUUCCUAUUUUGACCACGCUCUGGCCUGGGAGAAAUGUAUGGAUGAUCCUAAUGUGAUGAUUGUAACCUUUGAAGACAUGAAAAAGAAUCUUCAGCAACAGAUCAAAGAAGUGUCAAAGUUUCUUAAUGUGAGUCUGGCUGAGGAUGAGAUCACUGUGAUAGCUAAGGAGAGCACCUUCAGUGUCAUGAAGGAGCACUCUAAAGAGUCACAUGGGCAGAUGGGUGACGUCUUCUUCAGAAAAGGUGAGGUGGGAGACUGGAAAAACCACUUCAGCAAGGCCCAGAGUCAAGAGAUGGAUACUGUGUUUGAGAAGCAUCUGUCUGGAACAAGGCUAGCAGAUAAGCUACAAUAUCAUCUCUAUUGUUAGUGUAAACUAAAAACACAAAGCACUGGUCAGAAUUAACUAUUAAAUGAGUAAAAAUGAAGCUGAUAAGAGGACAGAAUUAGAUAAAGUUUGAUUUAAAAGUGUUUUAAACUCUGUCCACAGUGCAGAGGCCAAAAUGGUAUGCAAAAAAUAGUAAUGCAUUAAUAGUGACAUCACAACGCUGACCACUUGUAUUGUCCAUUUGGUAACCAGGCAUUGGCAUUGACCUGACAGAACCUAAUAAUGAUAAUUUGAAUCAGCCCAAGUACCGUAUGUUCACACACAGGGAAUUUGCCUCCGGUUGUUUUAUAUACAUGCAGUAGGUAAUUAAUUGUGGAUUUUUAAACAACAAUUCAUUGUUCAUUUUUAUUUAUA